GCAGGCGGUAGUGACUUCACAGGGGUCCAGGGAAAGUAGCAUGGCGGCGGGUGUAGCGUGGUGGACAGAGAGAAACUUGGAUUAUUGAAGCUGCUGUUGCCACGUUCAUGGGUGCCACUUUGAUAGGAUAGAGAAGCCGUUUCCUGCAGGAUGAUACGAAGAUCUAGAAUUAGCGUGAGGCCAAACGUAAGGCCGGGUGGUAGGGGCCUGUCUUCUUCAUCUCAAGAACCAAAGCCAGCAGGAGAGGCUCCUCCUGGCUCUCCGAAAGCCCAAGAGAAAAGAGACGUUGCUGGUAGAGAGCCCCAGGAUGAAGCACUCAAAGCUGGGUCUGAGAGCGCACCACCACCUCCCCCCUUAGCUGAAGACGCUCGAGCUGAACAGCAAGCUUCCCUUAACCAGGAGGAAAAGAACCACAAUGUGAAGGCCUCUGGUAGCAGUAUUCCCACUGCUACUCCCAUACAGAGAAGAAAACGAAUCUCUGCAAUGCCAAACGUAGCCAAGCCCAGAACUGCACAGCCACAAGCCAGAACACCCCGUCCAGCGACUUCAGGCACUGCAAAGAAUAAAGAGCCCACUCCAAAGGACAGCGCAGUGUUGGAGAACACUUCCCCACAAACUCUCCCCAAGUCACCAGGCCGGAGAAGGGCCUCCACAGGGCCGCAGCAGCUGAAGGUGCCUGAUAAGAAAUCUGGAAAUCUAAAGGAAGUGAAAACUGCCCCAGCAAGUCAAGAGCCAGCUGCUGAUUCAAACCGGAGCAGGAAUGAUGAAACACAGCAGACACACAACGGCUCCUCUCCUAAAUUAAAAACCUCUCAGGAUAGCUUCUGUAUAGACGACCACCGGCCCUCGCCAGAAUAUUCUUCUGGUAAACUGAAAGCCUCACAGAAUGACAUCUGUAUAGAUGACCACCACCCCCAUCCAGAAUAUUCUCCUGGUAAACUGAAAGCCUCACAGAAUGACAUCUGUAUAGAUGACCACCUCCCCCAUCCAGAAUAUUCUUCUGGUAAACUGAAAGCCUCACAGAAUGACAUCUGUAUAGAUGACCACCACCCCCAUCCAGAAUAUUCUCAGGGUAAACUGAAAGACUCUCAAAACAGCACUUGUAUAGAAGAAAAGCAAAGGCAACCUGAAUCUUCAUUACCGCUUAAAAAGAGCACUGCUUCCUCGGACCGGGAGAGGAUCAUUAAAGCCAGAAAGCUUCGAGAACUCCUUAAAAAAGAGAUCAGAAAGGAAAAGAAACAACAGAAGGGGAAGACCCCUGAUUUUGAAUUCAACGCCCCAGUGGACCGUUCCAAAAUGACAAUGAGGGACUUUAUAUACUAUUUGCCAGAGAACAAUCCGAUGAAGUCUUCCCUAGAGGAGGAGAGAAGAGAAAUUGAGAAAGUGAUUGGGCCAAUGCCCUCCAAAGAGCCAGCUAAUAAAGCCCCUUUGCCCCCCCCUGUGAGGGACGAAGAUGAAGAUGAUAAUGAAGAGGAGGAUGUGGAGCAUGUCCAAGAUGAUCAGGUUCUGGUUCCCAGAGUGAAAGUAGCAGAAGACGGCUCUAUUAUUAUUGAUGAAGAAAGUUUGACAGUGGAGGUUUUGAGAAUGCAGGGUCCUAACGUGGUGGAGGAGAACGAUCCUGUUUUUGAGCGAGGUUCCACAACAACGUACUCCAGCUUCAGGAAAUCCACUCACACCAAACCUUGGACCAAUAGAGAAACUGACAUGUUCUUCUUGGCUAUCAGCAUGGUGGGAACGGAUUUCUCCAUCAUCGGUCAGCUGUUCCCUCACAGAGCCAGAGUAGAGAUCAAGAAUAAAUUUAAAAGAGAAGAAAGAGAAAAUUCCUGGAGGAUAGAUAAAGCAUUCCGAGAGAAAAGGCCGUUCGAUUUUGAGUUUUUCAGCCAGCUGCUUGAGAGGAUCCUCAAAGAUGAUGAAAAGAAACGGCUUAAUAAGAACAAGGUUACACUUGGAAAAAAGCCAGCCAAUCCCAAACGGAGAAAAAAAGAGAAGAAAGCUGACCAGAACAAGGCCCCUGACGGGGGUGGAUCAGUCGAGGUGUCAGACAGUGAGGUUGCGGAGGGAGAGGCAGAUGCAGAGACAGCGGAGAAGGAGAACGAGGACUCCCUCAAUGUGAAUGAAGGGGAGGCGAGCACUGCUGGAGAUCCGGAUGCUAAAAAGAAAAGGAAACGCAAGAAGAACGAUGCAGAGUCCGGCGGACCAGCAACGAAAAAGCCAUCUGAAGACUCAUCAGAGAGGCAGCAAAAGAAGGCGAAAAAGCGUAAACGGAUAAAAUCAGUGGAAAUCUGUGAGGACUCUGAAGAGGUAGAUUAUGAAAACAUGCCUCCUCUUGAAGAAAGCCCAGGCAGCUCACCUUCUCGGAAGGAAGACUCGGACACACCAGAGGUAGCUGCACAGAUAAAGAAGCAGCAGAUUGAGGAGGAAGAUGUCAGUGGCCCGGCAGAGGAGACUGCAGGACCAGAAGCUGCAGAAACACCCAAGCUGGGCCAACGUUCACGGCUGCAGAAACCAAAACCCUGCCUCAAACUGGCAACCAAGAGGGGGGCAAAAGCUGCUGUCGACAAACCCAAUGAGCUUUCACAGGCGUCACACUUUAUAAGCCAUGAACAAGCAGCUGAGCCCCACUAUAUAGACUCUGCCAUUGAGGGUACAGCAACGUCACAUCUGAAGAGGAGUACCACUCGAGACCGGCAGCCCUCCAGUGGCAUUCAGGAGACAGAGGAGGAGGAACAUGAUAUUACUGCCAUUCAAAAGAAAAUGUUACACAAGCCCACUAGAUCCGGAAGAAUACCUAAAUUGUCCUCGCAUCUGAAACAGCCCGAAGAUGAUGAACCUCCAGCAGCCUCGCCCCCUGCCUCCCCACCCUCGGAGGCAGCCUCGCCCCCUGCCUCCCCACCCUCUGAGACAGCCUCGCCCCAAAGGAGAGGAAGAGGUCGUCCUCCACAGUCCCAGAAACCUAAACCCAGCACCCUGAAGGGGAGGGAUCAGAAGAAGGACCCGAGACCCGGGAAGACCGCGCUGGUGACCUUGAGGGCAUCUGUGAAAGAGACUGAAGAGAAUUCAGAUGAGGAGGGAGAGUCAGUAAUGGAGGAGGAAGGGGAUUCCUUUUCCAUGAACCCAGAGGAGGUGAACCAGGCCCCUGCGUUUGUGCCCGUCAGCCUGCGCUCGCCAGCGCCCGUCCCAGCUCAGGUGGAGGAAACAAUGGAGGAGCUGGAACUCUCAGUCAGUGUCCCUGACACGCGUUGUACUAUUGAACCAGAGCACCUGCACCACAGUGACAGUGUGUGCAGCCAGUCACUAGACCAGAGUCCAGUGGAGGCAGCAGUCACAGAAAACUGCUUGCAUUUAUUGGUAGAUGUGGUUGAAGUUUCCACUCCAGAGAACGAUGAAGAUAACUCUCUGCCAGUGAAUGAUAGCAAUACAGACUCCGAUAGGAGCUGUCUGGCAGUGAAGAAGGACCUUGUGUCUCAGCCUUCCUCUGCAGCCGGUCCUGGAGAUAAUGGUUCAGGUGUCAGUGAGGAGCCUCCAUGCCAGGCACUGAAACCUGGGCUUGUGGAGGUGGAAAAGGCAGCCACAGUGAGCCAGGAUUCAGUGCAGCCUGCCCAUUCUCAGGCUGUGACUUGUGAGGCCACUACUCAGGUCCUUCAUGAAGCUCCUUCAGAGACACCAAGCGAGGAGACCGCAGGGAGUGCACAGGCAUUAAGAGACCCAUGCACACUGGAUGAAGCUGCCAACACCAUUGGUGUUGUUAAUGCACCUGAAGUGUCUCACGGCUCUGAGACACCGAGCCAAAACCAGGAGAGAGGCAGACGAAGCAGGUUCCCAAAGCCUAAACCCAACCUGGGUGGAAAAACAACACAGCCCAGGAGUCUCAAGACUAAACCUCCCCAGAGUGACUCGGGACAGGGCAGCUGUGAUAAAGGAGAUGCAUCACAGAAGGCUGAAGUGCACAUUGUUCAACAAAAGCCUGCAGAGGAAAAAGAGAGUGAAGUUGACAGCUGCAAAGAUGAAGGAGUUUCAAAAGAACUGAGGGAGGUCAAGGCAUCAUCUUUAUCAUCCUCUGAAGAGGGACUGAGAAAAGAUGGCACUAAUAUUGUUGUUAAUGCACCUGAAGUAUCUCACGGUUCUGAGACACCGAGCCAAAACCAGGAGAGAGGCGGACGAAGCAGGUUCCCAAAGCCUAAACCCAACCUGGGUGGAAAAACAACACAGCCCAGGAGUCUCAAGACUAAACACCCCCAGAGUGACUCGGGACAGGGCAGCUGUGAUAAAGGAGAUGCAUCACAGAAGGCUGAAGUGCACAUUGUUCAACAAAAGCCUGCAGAGGAAAAAGAGAGUGAAGUUGACAGCUGCAAAGAUGAAGGAGUUUCAAAAGAACUGAGGGAGGUCAAGGCAUCAUCUUUAUCAUCCUCUGAAGAGGGACUGAGAAAAGAUGGCACUAAUAUUGUUGUUAAUGCACCUGAAGUAUCUCACGGUUCUGAGACACCGAGCCAAAACCAGGAGAGAGGCAGACGAAGCAGGUUCCCAAAGCCUAAACCCAACCUGGGUGGAAAAACAACACAGCCCAGGAGUCUCAAGACUAAACACCCCCAGAGUGACUCAGGACAGGACAGCUGUGAUAAAGGUGGUGCAUCAAGUAGCCCUGCAGUGGACAUUGUGCCUCAUUGUACUGUAGAUGGCAAGAAGUGUGACAGCAGCAGAGAUGAAUGUGUUCCAGAGAAAUUGGGUGACAAGGACUCAUCAUCCUCUGCAGAAGGACUGAAACAAGAUGACACUAGCAUAAGACCUGCAUUGGAAAGUCUGCCUAAACCAACAGGUGAGGAUGAAAGAGUUGAGAAAAGACCAGCAAAGGCACCACUUCGAAGACCUAAACCUAAUCUCAGUGGAAAGCUCAGAAGCAGGAUCCCUCCAGAGAAGGAUGCCUCUGCAGCAGCCAGCACUGGACAGGAACAAAAUGCCAUUCCAGAGGAUGGAACAGUUUCAACAUUGGAUUCUCCUGUAUCAAAAAAGGCUGAAGUCAGAAGCCCCAAAGCUGAUGAAAGUCCCAGUACAUCAGUUAUCUCACAAAACACAGAAGGGAGCCUUGCAGCAAAUGAAUUCCCACAGCAAGAACCAACUUUUAUACUUACAUUGUUUGAAAUCCCACCUUCCUUGCUGGGGGAGUAUGAUGACAGCACAAGUUCUUUGAGCACAAUCUCAGCAGAGCUUCUCUCCUCCCCUGUGUUUGUAGAUCAUGUGCCUGCAGAACUCCCUGAAACACAGAGUCUAGUUUCAGAAGCAGUGGAAGUAGAGUCGUACUCAAUGUCUGGAUGCCCUGAGGAUGCAGGGAUAGUUUCCUUGGAUCAGUUUUCACAACCUGUCUACAGGAGUGGUGAAGAGGAAAAACCUAAAGAACUUCCUGCAACUUCGGCACAUGUGAAAGAUCUCACGACAGACUUGGGUGACGAGGAAUAUGUGAGCAUUACCUUGGAGCCAGUGGAGGAUUUCCCAGCAGCUGCUGAAGCUGACAGUGCUGAGACGAGCAGCAAUGCCGCUCAGCAAUCCAGGCAAAAGAACAAACCGCCAGGGAGGGCAAGAAGAGGAAAGCUGCAUGUAAAACCCAACACCUUGAAAAAGAAGCCUGCAGUGAGCACUAGGGCUCGUGGGGCUUUGAAGGUUGUGCACAUAGAACCACAAGAGCGCCCCCUGCCAGCAGAGACUGCCAGCUGUACACCUCUUCCACAACCUGCAGAGCAGCAGAUUACACAAGAGCGCCCCCUGCCAGCAGAGACUGCCAGCUGUACACCUGUUCCACAACCUGCAGAGCAGCAGACUACACAAGAGCGCCCCCUGCCAGCAGAGACUGCCAGCUGUACACCUCUUCCACAACCUGCAGAGCAGCAGACUACACAAGAGCGCCCCCUGCCAGCAGAGACUGCCAGCUGUACACCUCUUCCACAAUCUGCAGAGCAGCAGACUACACAAGAGCGCCCCCUGCCAACUGAGACUGCCAGCUGCACACAUCUUCCACAACCUGCAGAGCAGCAGACUACACAAGAGGAGUGUAGCCAGCAUGAAGGAAAAGAGGCCAGCAAUAGCAGUGUGAAAACCGCAGAACCAAGCAUUGAAAACAUUGGUGCAGGAGAACACCUGACUCCCAGCACACCAAACACACUACCUCCUUCUGGAACCCCAUUAAUAAGGCCUGGACGGAAACCCAAAGGGUUUUUAUCUUUCAUUUCCCAGAAGAGUAGCUCCGAUAAUGUCCCUAAGCCUCACCGGACAUCAUCCCAGAAACCACAGAUUAAUACCGCUAGAUUAGAUAGAAAAAGGACAGCUAGUGCCCCUGCAGUGGAUCUCUCCUCUGAGUCCUCCGCAGUGAGCCCACCUUCAGCAGGAAUCGGAUUAUGUGCGUCCAGCAGCAGCACUCCAGCAACAGAGGGAGUCGGCAGCACAUCAUCUCAUUUAAUACAUUUUCCCAUGACGGAAAGCUGCUCCUCAGAGCCUCACAUAGAGGAGGUCUUCUGUACCAAGAACUCUGCAGCAGAUGAAGAGCCAACCAGCAUUUCACAGUACUUCUUUAGUGACAUCUUCACAGAGGUGGACGAUCCAGAUUGAUGAUGUGAAUCGUUAUUGAUACUGUGAUCUGGUUGUGGAAUAUAUAUAUAUAUAUAUAUAUGUGUGUAAUUAUUAUUAUUAUUAUUAUUAUUAUUAUUUUUUUGAUCGGUUAAUCAUGCAAUCUAUGAUCGGUUUCAUUGAUUAAUCACACCUGUUGGCUAGUGAUAUGAAACUGUAUUGAAAGACAAUUACAAGUAAUACAAAGCUUUACUUGUUAUGGGAUCAACAGAGAGCUCGGGAGAACGUUUUCUAUUGAGAUUGAAUGGAGCGGUGGCUCAUGCGCAGAAAGCAGAGAUUAGAGUUGCACACAGCAGCAAUUAUAACAGUAGAUUUGUUGAACGUCAGUUUGUAUAGAUUUUCACCAUUUAUUCGAAAUUCACUGAUAGUUUUCUUCUCCAAGUAUAAAAAAACAAUAAAUUAAUGAAACAAAGACCCUUGCUUAAUUGAUUACCACUUUGCAAUAUUUAUUUGAUUAAACUGUAUUGCAAAAAGAGAAUUAUGAAUUCCGGAAUCUAUCAAGCUAAUUAUUUAAUGUAGGUCAUCUGAUAUUUCAUUACGGUAAUUUAAAAAUAGCGACUCCAGUAGCCGAAGUACAUUUGCAUUAUUACAGCAAAAUAUAAUGCCCAUUACCGUCCUACUGCAGUAAAAAGUAUGUUGCUCAUGUAAAUAUGAUCCUGCAAUCACAUAACGUUUCUACACAGCAACAGAAAACCUGCUUUUCAAAAAGAUACUUGGUCUCAGAAAGAGGCAUCUGGGAACUUUACCGAAAACGUUGAAACUUUAACCAAAUCCAAACGUAAUCGCCAAUGAAAGGACUCGCUGGGUUAGAAUGAGAAAGACAUUAAGGAAUUCGAAGCAUAAUCUACUGCGCUUAAAACAAUGAUUAAGUAAAGUAUUCAAAUUACUUUUUAUGGACUUCAGAAUUAAUUAACAGUAAUGAUAUUGAAAUCUUCUCGUCAAGUUUACUGAUGCAGAACGGUACUUGAAGGGCUCUGUCGUGUCCCUUGUUAGGUUUGCUUGUUUGUUUGUCUUUUUGUUUAAGGUGACUUGCAGCUGUCUUUACUGUAGUACAUGUUGUAAAUACUGUGUAAAUAUGUUGUUUUAAUUUAUUUUUUAUUGAACACUUCAUUAAAAGCAUUGACUCAAAAACAGCACUUCACGUAGUUGAAAGCUGUGUCUGCCGGUUAUUUACAUGCUGAGUCAUAUCCAAGGGACAGAAACGAUUAUAUUUGUGAAUGAACCACUAAAACCCUUAUUUAUAUUCUGUAUACAAGCAAUUGUGUACUUAUAUAAGUAUUUUAGAUAUGCGGUAACAGUACUAUUUAUAUGUUGUUGUACCUAAUUACACAUCUGGAUAUUAAUGGAUGCUGUAAAUCUCUCUAGCUACAUAACCCAGCUUUGAAAAUUGAAAUUGGUUUGGUUGAAAGCCAUGAGAAGAUGUUUUUAUACACGAAUGUGCCUGUUUAAUUAUAUAAAUAUCUGAUUAUUUAACUAGCUUUGCCAAUCAAAAUGGGUUCACACAUUCAGCAGCUGCUGUGCUUGGGACCUCAGACUCUCAGUACUGUUCUUUCAUUUAACGUUCAGACUCUUACACCCCACCACCAAGAAAAAAAGAUAUCAACAUGAAAUGGUUCCAUUGUUGCAAAACAAUCUAAAAUGGAACUAUCAUAUCCUGCUAACAGUGUGUAUAUUCGAGGCUGGUGUGUAGGAGCAUGAUGUUGUAUUUGAUUUGUUGGGGAUAUCUGAAAGUAGCCAAAGUGACAUUUAAGAUCUUUGCAUUCAGGAAUUGGAGAAUGUUUCACUUAGUAUGGAAGAAAUACUGAAUAAAUGGUUUCCUUGGACUGUAUAAUAUGUUAAUAAACAGUUUUUUAUUCAAGUGUU